UAAUCAAAGAGUGAAGAGAGAGAGAGAGAGAGCGAGAGGUUUCUUUUCUCCAAUGGCGCCCACUGUACAUGAGACCUGACCUCCUCAUUUCCCAUCAUUUUUAAAUUUUUUGUUCAGUCACAGAGAGCUGCAUCAUCUUCCUUCUAGCGAGAUAGGGCUUUAUUAUACUGCAGUGAAAGGGUAGGACAAGAGGAUGAUGAGCUGGAGAAGGGUUUUGAAGUCCGUGCAGGCCCUGGCUGCUCAUAGUCUUCUCUUCUUUUUCACCCUCUUUCUCGUCUUCAAGCUCGACCACGCUGUCUCCUACUCUUGGUGGUUGAUUUUCUUUCCUCUUUGGUUGUUCCAUGGAGUUAUUGCUCGAGGAAGAUUUUCACUACCUGCUCCAUCAGUUCCACAUAAUCGUCAUGUAUGUCAAUAUGAAUUUGUACAAGACUUACCUUUUUCCCCCAAUAUUUUGUGGGCACCAUGUCAUGCAGUCGUAGCAACACCAUUGCUCAUUGCAUUUGAACUGCUUCUUUGUAUUUAUCUUGAGAGUCUUUAUGUUCAUGGUGUUGCAGCUGUAAACUUGAAGAUUGUCUUCAUUCCUUUGUUGGCAUUUGAAAUAAUUAUUCUAAUAGACAAUUUCAGAAUGUGUAGGGCUCUAAUGCCUGGAGAAGAAGAAAGCAUGAAUGAUGAAUCGAUAUGGGAGACAUUACCUCACUUCUGGGUUGCAAUAUCUAUGGUCUUCUUUGUGGCUGCUACGGUCUUCACCCUUCUGAAGCUAUGUGGUGAUGUAGGUGCUUUAGGCUGGUGGGACUUGUUCAUAAAUUUUGGUAUUGCAGAGUGCUUUGCGUUUCUUGUUUGUACAAAAUGGUCAAAUCCAGUGAUUCAUCGAAAUUCCCAGACAACAGAAGUUAGUUCAUCUUCUACAACUAUUAGGUAUCUGGACUGGAACAGUGGCAUAGUAGUUUCUCCAGAGGAGAAUCAACUUCAGGAUAGAAUGUGUGGCCUGCAAGACAUUGGUGGCCAUAUCAUGAAAAUUCCAUUAAUUGCUUUUCAAGUCCUCCUUUGUAUGCAUUUAGAGGGAACACCUGCUGGUGCAAAAAAUAUCCCACUUCCAAUUCUUUUCUCUCCCCUUUUCAUACUUCAAGGUGCUGGUGUGCUAUUUGCUGCAUCCAAGUUGGUGGAGAAGCUUAUUCUUUUACUAAGAAGUGAAUCUAGCUCGGGAAUAUAUUUUAGAUUUUCUUCACGGGCUCAUGACUGCUUGGGGUUCUUGCACCAUGGUUCUAGGCUACUGGGUUGGUGGUCAAUUGAUGAGGGAAGUCGAGAGGAAAAGGCCCGACUUUACCACGAGGGAGCCUCUAGCUACAACACUUUUUGUGGUUAUCCUCCUGAGAUAGUGAAGAAAAUGCCUAAAAAGGAUCUCGCCGAGGAGGUCUGGAGGCUUCAAGCUGCCCUUGGUGAACAGACAGAAAUCACCAAAUAUAGCCAGCAGGCGUUUGAAAGACUUCAAAAUGAAAAAGUCUUAUGUAGGGUUUGCUUCGAGGGAGAGAUCAGCGUGGUUCUACUUCCCUGUAGACAUCGUAUCCUUUGCAGUGUCUGCUGUGAGAAGUGUAAAAAGUGUCCAAUUUGUCGUAUCCCUAUCGAGGAGUGCUUGCCUGUGUAUGAUGUUUAGGUUCUAACUUGUCCAGCCCUUUUUGUAUUAUGGAUAAGAAAGCAUAGAGAAGGUGAAAUAACUUUUAACAGGGAAGUUCUCUUUUUAUGGUUAUCUGGGACUUCUACGACAAUGUUUGUUCAAAUUGACACGAGAAAGCACGAGGAUAUACAGAGAACACACUUGCUGUACUUAUAUCUCAACACCUCUUUUUGUGUUCCAGCAAGAAACUGUAAAUAAUUCUGAGUUUGAUCAGUGUAUUGUUCAAGUCCUGAGCUUUUGUUAUGCUACAGAGAUCACUAGAAAGGUAAGAGCUGUAUAUUAUACUAACUGUAUAGACAUGACUGUUGAAUUUGAGGUGCAUAAUUUCAGAGCUUGUGCUUUAUGGUGGGUGCAACAA